AAAUCCAUCAAAAACUGAGAAAAUUUCGUGUGCAACUGCAGCAAAAGUCAACCAUCAUUGCCCGAAGACACCAGAAAAUGAACGCAUUCGGAUGUAAGUGACGAAAAUAGAGUUAGAGCUAGUGCAUCCUUCAUCCAUUACUUCAUCCAGUUAAUUGUUAAAAAACAAAACCCCAUAAUUGAUUGCUAUUAUAUAUAAUUUUCCCUAUAUAUAAAAAUAUCUUCGUCUGUAUAUUUAUAAUUGUGCACCUAAUUGUAUAUAACCAGUGCAAGAAGCAGAGCAUAGCAUAAAAAAAACACAAAACACACUUACCUCUCUAGAUGUUUCUGAUUUAGUUUUUGGUUCUGUUGUACAUUAUAUACAUUUAUAAUAAACAUAAUAAGUCUUAAGUAAAGUCACAUCUCACACACGGAGCAAUGUCGAAAGCUGCCAAGGCGAAAGGGAAAUUGUCACUAAUGAUGGAUUUUUCUUUGAAUUCAGCUGUUGGCGAGACAGAGGAGCAGGCCAAGUUGCGAUUCCAAGUCGAGCUGGAGUUUGUGCAGUGCUUAGCUAAUCCGAAUUAUCUUCAUUUUCUCGCUCAACGUGGCUUCUUCAAAGAAACAAAUUUCCUCAACUACUUAAAAUAUCUCCUCUACUGGAAAGAUCCCGAAUAUGCCAAAUACCUCAAAUACCCAAUUUGCUUAUAUUUCCUCGAUUUGCUGCAACACGAGCACUUUAGACGCGAAAUUGUGAGUGCCCAAUGCUCCAAAUUCAUUGACGACCAAAUUAUUCUGCUGUGGCAACAUUACACUCGUCGAAGAACGAAGAUGCUCACACCCGCAAACGGCUUCCAGCAACAAGACGCCAACAAUCAAGUGGCCAGUAAUGGCACGCACAACGGCGUGACACAGAAACCGAGUUGAAUUGUUGUUUUUUUUUUGUUGCGAUAAAAUGUAAAUUAAUUUAAGGAAUAAUGAUGAUAAAUAAUAAAUUUUAAG